UUGGCACAUCUGAAUUCUUAAAAGGAAUUGGUGUGCUCAAAUGUUUGUGGUAGAAAGUAUUUGGGUGCUGGAUUACAUAAGGCAUACAUUUAAAGAAAGGGAAAGUCCACUGAAAUUCUUUACCUUUUAAUGUAUAUUUUUAACAGCAGAUGUCAGAGCAAAUGGACACAUCUUAUGUGGUGUGAAGGCACGUUCUAGUCUGACAACUUUUUGUGUCUCGAUAUCCCAAGGGGUAUGAUCAAAGCCACUCACUUCACCCCGACCCCUAUUCCAGUGACACUUGGACUAGUCCUCUGACUGGUGGGGCAUGGUAUGUCAACUAUGGGGGAAGGGGGUUCAUUAUGUAAACCUGAUCUACUCUGUAAUUCUACCUAUUUCAGAAUCUCUAAAUAUGCACCCAACAGAGCCCCUCUCUGGCCCAGUGAGGUUUAUGGGUAAAUAGUGAUUCUGGUGAAAACGUUGUUUAGGUCUGGCAGAAGGGAGAGUUCUUCUUGGUGUGACAUACCUGGACGCAUGACUAGAGCUGCUCUAUAUGCACCCAGUAGAGCCCGGAGCAUAAAAUGUUCACUGUACCCUGCAAUUACAUCUGCUGCUCUGCACACGUGACUAAACUCUGUCACUUCUCACUCCUCCCUCUCUCCCGCAGUGUUAUGUUAAGUAGCGGGUCUGCUUUCUGUCUGUGGCUCUACUCCUUGGGUUUCAAUUCCUAACAUGGUUAUCCUUCUAGGGGUCUCUCUCCUCUCUCUCUCUCUCUGCUGCCAACUGUGAGAGCUCCAGAGCAAACAAAUGGGUGAGGAGAAAUAAAGAAAAUCUAUAGACAGACAAAUCAUUGAAGGGACAAGAGGGAGGGAGAGACGCAGAAUGUGAGAAAUCCAUUCCAAUUGUGUUUAUGGUGUAAUAACCGAAUAAAGACACAUCGUGUCCUCCAGCUGUAUGUAAGGGAAAAGGGAACAUCAUUUUUUUUAAUGUUUUCUCAAUUUUGACCGAACUUUUGAGAAAUAGACCAACUCCAGUGACAAUUGUUUAGUCUCACUGAUAAAGCAACAAAAACCUGAAGCUUCAGUGGAGGACAACCUUUUUCUACCAGCUUUGACCUCUGGUAUCUUUUGUAAACUUUGGAAUAUAACAUUUUUUUUUUAACUUAUUGAACAACGAUGUUUGGUUUGGAAUAACAGCCUCCCUUACCAUGUGUGCAGACAACUCCACCCUGUUGGAGGUGGUUCUCUACGGCCAUCCACCAUGCGAUGGCUGGACCAACAACACUGAGGGGGCCUUCUACCACCUGGGCAACACCGUCUUGUUCCUUGGGUACAUGGGAGGCAGCGGCAACUAUGGUUGCCUGUUCAUAUUUGGUUUCCUGACGAUUGCCUUCACCUGCCUGGCCCUGUGGGGCUGGAUGACCAUGUGUGGGGUGGACGUGUUCACCUGGAACCUGCUGCUGCUGGUGGCCUGUGUGCUCCAGACCUGCCACCUCGUAUACAGGCUGCAACAGGAUGGCCUGGCCAGCGAGGAGCUGUUGGCACUCUACUCAGCCGUCUACCAGCCUCUGGACGUUCCCGUACAGGUGUUCAAAGACAUUGUGGGUGCCUGUGAGAACAAAGUGCUAGCACUAGGGGUAGAGGAGACGUAUGCGGUGGAGGGCAAGACGCCCAUCGACCAGCUCUCCUUUCUGCUGUCUGGGAGGAUCCGUGUGUCUCUGGAUGGACAGUUCCUCCAUUACAUCUUCCCCCACAAGUUCCUGGACUCUCCUGAGUGGGAGUCUCUCCGACCCAACGAAGAGGGGAACUUUCAGGUGACCCUGACAGCGGAGACGGACUGCCGCUACAUCUCAUGGCGCCGGUGCCGCCUUUACAUGCUUCUGUCCAAGGAGCGCUACAUUGCCCGCCUCUUCUCCAUCAUGCUUGGCAGCGACAUCGCCGACAAGCUUUACUCACUCAACGACAAGCUCUUCGCAAAGAGCGGCGUACGCCUCGACAUCCGCUUGCCCAGCCUCUACCACGUCCUGGCCCCCUCCUCCCUGGGCAGCGAGGGUGAGGUCUGUAGCGGCAGUGGUAGUGGGAGUGCUAGGGAUCAGGUAGCCCCAGUGGAGCAGCAGGAAGCAGCAGUGGUGGAUGUGGACCCGGUUCCAGCCUACCAGAGGUCAGAGCCUCCAACACCCCCGACUCCCCGGCUGCAAAUCCGAGAGAAGACCCCCACCCCAUCUCGGCCAACCCCCUGCCAACCAUCCCAGCGCCAGCCCUCAGACAGGGAGAUGCCAUCUGGUGAGGACUCUACCAGCCUGGUCCUGGAAGACUUUGCGGAUAUGACCGGGUCCUUAAUGGAUUAUGGGAGUGAGAGGGAUUAUUUGAGGUAGAUGGCAGGUUGCUGGAGCUAACACACUGGGCCACUACUUAAAAUACAUGUGUUCUCAGUUGAUUCCACAGGAGAGGAAACCACUGGGACUCUACCAAUGCGAUACCAGAGAGGGAGAGCUCCCUUGGCCCCCAUGGACACCUCUAUGCUGUGAUGGUUUCACCCGGAUUGGAAACAGUGGACACGUUCCAGGAAGUAUUUUUAGAGUCAGUCUAUGCAGAUUAUCAGAUGUCACAACACCUGGCAAAGUGUUUAACAUCUCAGGAACCACAUUAAUAUCAUAUAGCAUUCUUCUGAGAUGAGCAGUGCGACUGCAAAAAAGAGGACCUGGAACACAACCAUCACUGCCCUGGGUGGAAUCAGACCUACCCAACACCAAAUCCCACUCUCUCACCUUACCUCACUUCCUCUGGUGUCAUCUGUGCGUGACAAUAUAGGAAAGAGUGAAACCCUGGACACUGAACAGAAUUAUGUUAUAAAACUGAAUUUAUUAGUUAAGGUCACAGACCUCUUUUUAUUAUGUCACUCACAUGUCUCCCAUUCAUCUGGAUGGAAAGCCUUUUGAUGUGGAUAUUGUGUUAGAUAGGAUUAUGAUUCAACAUUAAAGCAAUCAUGUAUAUUUCAUUUUUUAACAGCCGAGGUUGGGUUGGCUAGCUAGGGGCACGUUAAUCGUGUUUGUUUGUGCAGACAUAAUCUGAGAGAAUAAAGUUUGACAGACAGCAUGCUAGAAAGGGAUUUAUCUUCAUACUCACAUUUUCCAAAACAUGCUUCCAAAUUGAACAGCCAUUUGUUUAUGUGAAUGUGAGAUGUCUCACACAUUGUACAUUUAUUUAGUCAUUAACAUAGAACAGGAGUGUUUAUGUUUUUGUAAAGAAAAAUGGGACUACAUAUACAUGUAUUUUCAUGGGGCCAAUGUUUCUUGAUAAAGCUCUUGGUGAAAAUGCA